AUGAUGCACUCAUUAUCCAACGUUCUAGCUUUGUCCCUCGGCCUGCUCGGCCUCGCGAGAGCCCAAUAUGACGCCGCACUCGUAGGCACAUGGACCACAAAGUCGAAGAAAGUCCUCACCGGACCAGGCUUCUACGACCCCGUGGCCGACAAGUUAAUCGAGCCCGACCUCGCGGGCAUUUCAUACUCGUUCACGGCGGAUGGGUUUUACGAGGAAGCAUACUAUCGUGCUAUUCCGAAUCCAACGACUCCCCAAUGUCCCUCGUCGAUAAUGCAAUGGCAGCACGGCACGUACACGAUCGCGGCCGACGGUUCCAUCACGCUCACGCCGUUCGGCGUCGACGGCCGUCAGCUCACCAGCGCGCCCUGCUCCUACGACAACGCCGUCUAUAUCCGUUAUGAACAGCCCGAACUGUUCAAGUCCUACCAAGUGCUGACGGACCCGUUCCACAACGUCCCGCGCCUGAACCUGUUCAAGUUCGACGGAGCGCCCUUGCAGCCCAUGUACCUGGUCUACAACCCACCACAGAUGCUGCCCACGCAGACGCUGAACCCGACGAGUGUGUCACAGGCGACGGGGAAGGCGAAGGUCAAGAGAGAUGGUGAGCCGCAGCAGGUGCUGAUGGGCGGGAAAGAGGGCGUCAUUCAAACCCCGGUCAGUGAGUUUUACAAUGCGGAUCGGUGGUGGUGGGCCGGUGUCGGGCUCACGGCCCUCGGUACCGUCAUGUACAUGUUGCCUACGUCGACGUGA